AUGGGUGGGCCGUUCGUUGCGUCGGUUAGAAGUGCGACCGGGCCCCAGGGUGAAGGUCACAGCGGCACUGUCAACCGAUUUUGCACAAAGAGUUUUCUCGAGAGAACACUUUCCAAUGGGGAAAUAGUCUCAAGAAGUUGGUUGUGCUACUCUCUUUCAACCUGCCACGUGUACUGUUUUGCUUGCAAGCUUUCAAAUAGCACUGGUAACUUGGCAACAGUCGGAUACGGAGAUUGGAAGCAUGCCAGAAGCAAUCUAGAGCAACACGAGAGAUCCACAUCACACUGCUGGAAUGUUACUCAACUGGCGAAACGAGCUUCUGCAUCCUGUCGUAUCGAUGAAACUAUGAUCAGACAUGCCAACGAAGUUGAAUCGUACUGGUGCCAAGUUUCGAAACGAUGUGUGAGCGUGAUCAGCUUCCUGGCUGAGCGCGUUCUUGCAUUUCGCGGAACCGAUGAAAUCGUGAGUUCGCGUAACAAUGGAAAUUACCUUGGUCUUAUGGAACUGUUGGCGCAAUACGAUUCUUUCUUAGCUCAGCACAUCCAACAGCAUGCCAAUAAAGGUACUGGACACACAAAUUACUUGUUCUCAACCACAUGCGAGGAGCUUAUUGCGAUCAUGGAGACGCAUGUUCUAGAUAACAUUGUAGGUCGAGUCAAAGAGGCAAAGUACUUUUCAGUCACGGUUGACUCGACUCCGGAUGCCAGUCCCGUUGACCAGCUAACAUGUGUGCUACGCUACAUGAAAAAUGAGACACCAGUUGAGCCUUUCGUGCACUUCUUCGAUAACGCUGGACACACUGGGCAAGAUCAGGCGAAUUCUCUGAUGAGAUUCAUCGAGGCUAACGGCAUCGAUAUUGCUAACUGUAGGGGUCAGUCGUACGACAACGCUGCUAAUAUGAGUGGGAAAUACCGCAGAAUGCAAGCAAUCAUUCAGCAGAUAAAUCCUCUAGCAGUGUAUGUUCCAUGUACCGCACAUUCACUAAACUUGGUGGGGCAAGCCGCGGUCAGCAGUUGUCGCCCCGUGGUUUCAUACUUCGGAUUCGUGCAGGAGUUGUACAACUUCUUCACGAGCUCAACAUCACGGUUCGAUAUUUCGAUGGAUAGAAUAAACCCGAAAGGAUUACGCGUCCCGAAGAGCUUGAGUGACACGCGUUGGUCAGCUCAUGCAGGCGCAACAAAACCUCUGAGAGAAGGUUACACAGAAAUUCUAGAUGUCCUUGACGGAAUCUCCGAAGACGAGAAUCAAAAAGGUGACAGGAGAAAUACGGCUUCUUCCCUCUAUGGGGUAAUGAAUAAAAUAGAGACAGGCUUCUAUACUGUGUUCUGGGACAGCAUUCUCGACCGUUUCAACCGCACAAGUAAAAGCCUCCAAGGCAACAACACCGAUCUCAACACUGCUGUAGCACUCCUGAAAUCGCUCUCAACAUUCGUGCAUGGGUUACGUGAUCGCUUCGAGGAUUUUGUCGUGGAAGGAGCGAUUCGCGCUGGCUGCAACGACUUUUCUCGCAAGUCGCGCUGA